UGACAUGUGUGUUUAGCCUGUGACGCUUUAACAAAAGAUUGGAAACAUCAUCUCACUGUACAAUACCAAAACUUAGACGCGUAACAAAACUUGCUUGCGUAUUGUUAUCGAGCAAUCUAUUGGUUGGCUGAAACAAGCUUAGUGAUUGCUUCGUGUGGCAAGUCGGUAUCUAUGAUUGGCUUUUGCGUGGGACAUGGGCGGAAAAUAGGAAAAGUGUUUGUACUCUUUUGUUCAUCAGAAUUUGGUGCUGGUUAAUGACAGCAGUUUUUAAAUCAUGUCGCUGUCAGCACUGGUUGGAGAUGAAGCGCAGUUAUUGAACCUGUUGGCUAUGUUUAUGGCUCUUAUGGGUCUGGUCUCCUAUGUCUCGCUGCAGUACAUCCGAAUGCCUUACGGUCGCUAUGCCGACUCGGCGUUUGGGCCGCCAGUACCAGUGCGCUUGGCAUGGUUUGUCCAGGAAGUGCCGUCAUUGUCUGUUUCCUUGUUCUUUUAUUUAAGACAAACCGAAUUCAGCAUCGCCAAUCAGGUGCUAAUGGGAGCCUUUAUUUGUCAUUAUACUCAAAGGACCCUUAUAUUUCCAUUCCUAAUUAGAGGGGGAAAGCCUACACCAUUUGCAUCAUUUGCACUUGCCUUCAUCUUUUGCUGUUACAAUGGGUACCUGCAGAGCAGCUACCUGUGCAGUCAUGCUGCCUAUGCCUCAGACUGGAUCCAUGACCCUCGCUUUAUAACAGGAAUAAUGUUGUUUUUCUGUGGCAUGUUUAUCAAUAUCUAUUCUGAUCGCAUUCUAAGGAAUUUGCGUAAACCUGGUGAAAUGGGAUACAAAAUUCCCAAAGGAGGAUUAUUUGAUUAUGUGUCUGGAGCAAACUUUUUUGGUGAAAUAGUUGAAUGGUCUGGCUUUGCAUUAGCUGGGUGGUCCCUUCCUGCGGCUGCAUUUGCAAUCUUUACAGCAUUUGUCCUGACUUCCAGGGCACAACAGCAUCACAAAUGGUACCUUGAAAAAUUUGAAGAUUAUCCAAAAAACAGAAAAAUACUUGUACCAUUUUUAUAUUAAAGUCAGUUCCAUGGAAUUGAAAUAAGUGAAAUUUGUUUACCAGUGGAAAUACUGUAUGUCUUUUUAAACUGAUCAAGCUGCCAAGACUUUAAGCUACCUCUCUAACUUUACAACUGACUGGUUCAAGAAAUAAGACCACUGAAGACCAAAGCUGCCUGCACAUCACUUAUUGUAAUGGGCUGUCUGGCCUAACCCUGCUGGGGAGGAGGGUGGCAGGGGACAGAACCACUGUGUGAAAUGCACCCUGCAAACAUGUAUGAGUUAUAUGUGGAAAAAUAGAAGAAUAUUUUACAAAAAUUCUUCAACCUUGCUGGAAAAAUAAAAUUUACCUCAGAUCAGGACAAUUUUAUACAACACUUAUAUCAUUCUUUUAAUAGACUUGGCAACUUAUUGUUUUUCCUUAUAUAAAUGGAGUGAUAUUUGCAUCUACCUAUCAUUAAAUAAAGUUAUUAUUUUACAUGAA